AUGGAUAAAAACACCAUCUAUCAGGAAUUAGAGGUAGUUGAUCAACUAAUGGUUCAUGUUUAGCAUUUCGGUUUUCUUUGCAAUUCUUUUUGUUAUUUGUUUUAUUAUCGACGAGGUAUAUCAUAUAUCUCGUCUGUGGUUUCAUAUAGCUUUGAAACUUGAUUGUUCAAAAAAAGAAUUUAUUUGAAGUUGAACAAAUAUUAAAUUAAAGGAGGAUGAAAGAAUAAUGGAUACAGAGUUUUCAUUCAUAUGGUGAGAUCUAGCAAUCUUUUGACAUAAUUUUUUUUGACAUAUAAUUAUUAAUUACUAUAGUUAAUACAUAUCAAAUAAUAAUAGAAUUAAUUAUAUAGUAAAUGAUAUGAACUGAUUAACUGCGAUUAAUAAUUUUAUUCCUAAUUGUUUUUAUUCUUAUAAUAUUUAAAUCUACACCACAGAUGAAGUAUAUACCUCAAAUUGAGCUUAGAAUGUUAUCUGGAUGCCAUCUGGAACAGAAUAUAGCAACUUGCGAUCUAUUUCAGAAGAUAUCAAAAUUACAUACACAGUCACGAAGUUUACGUAUGUAAUACAAAUUUCUGCGAUCCAUUCUACUUUUGUCAUAAUAUAGAAUUAAUUAUUAUUAGUGUAUAAACAAAAUCAUGUUAUUACGGUUCUGUGCACGUACCAGCCAAAAAUUGUUAAAUACGACUAUAGUAUUUCAAGUAAGUUGAAAACUUCAUUUCUCAUUGAGGUUAUAUUAUAUCAUAGUUUACAUUUACAAUUUCAAUGAUGAAAAUAUGAAUGUAUCCAGACAACAACAAAAUGCCAGUUCAGUGGUUUUGCUUAUAAUAUAAGAAAUGGUCCGUUAAAAAGGGAUUGUAUAUUAAAUGUACAUAAAUUUUCAAAAGUUCAAAAAAUUUAUCUCAUUCGAUAUGAGAGCACAAUUAAUACAACAGUAAAAGAAACAGUACCAAAUAUACCAGAUCCACCUGUAUUACAAAUACCAGUGCAUGAAGAAAUCACAAAGAUUAUAAAUUUACACCCAAAUGGUGAACCUACCUUUGAAAGUUUAGGAUUAGGUGGAUUUAGUCCUCUUGGAAUUUUCCAAUCAUUUUAUGAAUUACUCCAUAUUAAUUGUCACUUACCAUGGUGGGCAACAAUUGUAUUAACUUCUAUAAUUAUCAAACUUGCAACAUUUCCAUGUUCAAUAUAUGCACAGAGAAAUAGUAUCAAUAUGCAAAGAGUUCUACCAAAAAUGAUAAAAAUACAACAAAAUAUGACUGAUGCAAGAAGAUGUGGCAAUACAUAUGAAGAUGUCCGCACAUUUGCCAUUUUUCUUUGCUUUGAGAGGAAUGGUUACUAAAGUAGAGAGUUUAAAGGAAGGUGGACUUUGGUGGUUUACAGAUUUAACUGUUGCUGAUCCAUAUUAUCUGUUGCCGUUAACUUCAACUUUAACAUUGUAUGUUGUUGUCUCAUGUGCAUUAAAGUCUUCAGGAAAUGUAAGUCCACUGAUGCAACAUCUGUUCAAGGCAGUGCCAGUUAUUUCAUUUAUAAUUGCAAUGAAAUUUCCAGGAGCCAUUUUGUGUCACUGGGUUAUGUCAAAUACUAUAACUUUAGCGGAAAGUGAAAUAUUAAAAAUACAAAAAGUAAAAACAUAUUUUAAUAUUCCUCAUAUAAUAGCAGUACCACAGACUAUAAAUAAAAGACAUGAAAAGAAAAGCUUCAAUGAAGCAUUCUCUGAAGCUUGGAGUAACAUGAAAAUAUCUAAUAAGUUAGCAACACAUGCACAUGCGGAUCAAAAACAAUUUAAUGACGCAGCUAGAGGUCCAUUACAAAAGACAUAUAAAUACAAUCCAGUGCAAACUUUAUCAAAAUCAAAAUCAACAGCAUCAAUGUCAGCAAUGAAAAAAUAA